AUGAUGCUCCUGAUGCUGGGGCCAAUGCCCGGUUCGCAAAUGGAUGCGAAAGUCCUGCCGCAUGUCUACGAGUAUCGUGGGCCCCACCGCCGCAGCAUCACGAGCAUCAACGGUGGUCUGGACUUGGUCGGCGUGGCACCAAAUGCCUCGAAGGAGAUGAUCGAGGCAGCCGCUGCCGCGGCCUCGCGCGCGGCACCUGGCUGGGCGGCCUUGAGACACACGGAGCGGGCGGCGAUGCUGCAGUCCUGUGCAGACGCGCUUCGGGCGAACCUGGAGGCGCUGGCCACGCUGCAGACGAACGAAAGCGGCCGGCCGCUGGCCGAGACGCGCCUGGAGGUCAUCGUUGCUGCAGCUUCCUUUGAAAAUGCUGCACGCUUCUUGGACAUCAGCCAGGAGCGGUUGAUUUCCGAGGAUGAGGAGAAGAAGGUCGUGAUCCGCCGCAUGCCCGUGGGGGUGGUCGCAGUGAUUGCGCCUUGGAAUGCUCCCAUCGUCCUCGGCUGGAAGCCGACGGCCACUGCACUGGCUUGCGGAAACCCGGUUGUGCUGAAGCCGGCCCCGCAGACGCCCCUGACCACGCUGCGAAUUGGUGAGCUCCUCCGACCACUUCUGCCUCGAGGGGUGCUCAAUGUCGUGGUCGGCUCAGACCUCUCCAACCCGAAGCCUGGGGAGAUCCUCACGAACCACGAGCUCGUGCGGAAAGUGGUCUUUACUGGCUCCACUGCCAUUGGCAGCAAGGUCAUGGAGGCAUGUGCCAAAGGCUUCAAGCGGCUGCUCCUGGAGCUGGGAGGCAACGACCCCGCGAUCGUCCGCGAAGACUGUGACGUGGAGAAGGCAGCAGAAGGCCUUUUCAAGGGAGCGUUCUUCAACAAUGGCCAGACCUGUUGUGCAGCCAAGCGCAUCUACGUGCAGGAGAAGAUCUACGACAAGUUCGUGAAGGCUUUUGUGGCUCGCGCGCGCCGCGCGGUGUUGGGGAACGGCCUCUCCUCCGGGACGGAGCUUGGGCCGUUGGCCAGUGCAGUCCAACUUCGUCAUGUUAUGGAGUUGGUGGAGGAUGCACGGCGUAAAGGUGGCCGAGUGCUCUGUGGCGGCGGGGCCACUGCAGGCCCGCCCGGAGACGAGGGCUCGAACACCGGCCUGUUCUACCUUCCCACGAUAGUGGUCGAUGUGGCGGAGGGCACCCGGCUCGUCGACGAGGAGCAGUUUGGCCCCGUGGUGCCGGUGAUGUCCUACAAGGACGACGAGGAGGCAGUGCAGAGGGCCAAUGCCACGCGCUAUGGCCUCUCGGCAUCGAUCUGGAGCGAGGACUUAGACACGGCCAACGAAAUAGCGAAUCGGCUGAAGGCCGGAACAGUGUGGGUGAACAAGCAUUGCGAGUUCAUUCGAAACGCUCCGUUUGGUGGUAUCGACGAGUCUGGCAUCGGCCGUGCUGGCGACCUUGGGGAGCAGGACUUGAACCAGUACACCGAGAUCAGGACGCUGUGUCUGGCGAAGGCACCGCCGAAGCUCCCACCAGAUGUUGAGUCUCUCCAGCCAACGCCCGAAGUGGUGGUGGAGGAGCGUGCAAGGUCCAUGCUCCAGAGGAUCUUCCGGCGGGUGAGAUCGCAGGACUCCGUGGAGAGCGCGGCAAAGGAAGCGCUGCGGGUCUUUCCAUUCCAGCCCUUGAACCUCCGAUCGGCUUUGGCGAGUCUCAGCGCGCCGACGGGGUCGGCGUCCGUGCUGGUGCGGGGGCUCCCUGUCGAGACGCCUACGGCGCGGCGCCGCAUCGAAUCAGAGGCCUCCCUGCUGGGCGUCCUUGGCCUGCUUGAAGCCAGCACCUACUUCCUGGGCGACGAGGAUCCCAAUGUCUUCGUGCACGAGGUGGACCAGGCCUCCGAGGCGGCGGCAUGGCAUCGUGACGGGCGGAGCUCCCCCAGCUUCGACGCUCCCCGGCGCAUCUUCAGGCCGGAGAAGUCGGUGCCCAGCUUUGCCCUGUCGAUUUGCGUUGGCCGCGAGGGGGUGCGGGGCAGCUUCGUGGACUUCAGGCGCUUGCGCGCAGUGGCCGACCCUCAGGACGUUGCUCUCCUCCAGAAGGAGCCGAUUGCCUUCUUUGACUCGCAGCUUGGCUUGCGCUCCGAGCGUGUCUUAGUGGCCGCGGCGCAGGAGGAGGACUUCGACGUCACUCGGAAAGGUCGUGGCUGCAUUGCGGUUGUUCUGAAUGAUGGGGGAGCUAUUGAUGCUGCCCAGAAGCGGGUUGAGUCGGCGGAAGCGUCGCAGAAGGAAGCUCUUGCCAAGCAGUCGGAGAUCCAGAAGCUCAAUGCGGAACUCGAAGCCUUGACCAAGAACUCAGAUGCCAGGAAUGAGCGUGCGAAGGCCCUCGCCCAGGCAGAGUUGGUCAACAUGGCAAAGGUCUGGCGCGCCGAGCGGGCCGUGGAACAAUGCCGGGGCAUCAAGGAGGUGUCCCAAGCACGGCUAGAAUUCUGGCGCGAUGCCCACGACACGGCAGUUGUGAAGACGAAGGACACAUCCGACAACCACCUGCACGUGUCCAAAUUCCGGGAGUAUGCUGUGCAGGAGGCCACCACCGCGGCCGCCGCGGAGGAGGCGGCGCGCCAGCGCCUCGCGGAGGCCGAGGCGGAGCAAAACGCCCAGGAGCCGGAGAGUCCGAGCAUUCCGCCAACAGGGAAGUGCUGCACUCGUGCCAUGCUAUGCAACUGUGGCUCUUAG